ACACAAGGUUUGUCAUUAUGACGUGAAUGUUUUCAAUUUUUACUCGCACGGCAGAAAAAAAUUCAUUUUAGGAUUUGAAUUUAAGAUGAUUAGAAAUUAAUUAAGGACAAAUCAGCUUGGUGCAAUUGUUUUAUCUAUUAUCGCCGUUUUUUUUUUGCUCCGAGUUCAAGAAUUUUUCAUAUUCACCAACAGGAGUGCGUGAGAGCAAAGGAUAAAAAUAAACCAUGAAUAAGGAAGCGGCCGAGGAUUGUGUGGAGCGGGCAGUAGCCUAUCUGUCCGAAGGCAAAAUUGAGAAAGCAGAAAAACUAUUAACCAAAUCACUUAGCUUGCAUCCGCUGAAGCGGGCUGAAGAAUUGUUGGAGAAAAUUAAAUGUGGAGCGUACACAAAGCGAGCUACGUCUGGUAAUGCUUCGGAUGAAGGCGUUCGACAACGACCAACGGCAAGUCAAGGGAGCAAGGCGGAAACUGCUACUGAAGCAGAAUAUACCGCUGAGCAACUUGAAGCCGUUAAACGGAUUAAAAAAUGUAAAGAUUACUACGAAGUUUUGGGAGUAACCAAAGAAGCUCCGGAUACGGAAAUCAAAAAGGCUUACAAGAAACUUGCAUUGCAAUUGCAUCCCGAUAAAAAUAAAGCACCUGGGGCAGUGGAAGCUUUCAAGGCAAUCGGUAAUGCGGUGGCAAUUCUAACCGACGCGGAGAAGCGAAAAUCCUACGACCUGUAUGGAUCGGACGAACAGCACCAGCCAACGGCGCGCCGUACUCGAACUCAGUACGAAUAUGCGUACUCGCGGGGAUUUGAAACCGAAUUCACCGCAGAGGAACUAUUCAACAUGUUCUUCGGUGGUAAUAUUCCCACCCAGCACGUUUACAUGCGGCAGCGGCGAUUCCACAGGGCAGAACACCAACAGCAACAGUACAGGGAGCCCCAGUCGGGAUAUGCGGCAUUUAUCAAUUUGCUUCCUAUUAUUUUACUGAUUGGCUUGUCAAUGAUGUCAUCUUUCUUCAUUUCGGAUCCAAUUUAUAGCCUCACGCCUAGUCAGAAAUUUUCCGUGGCUCGCAAAACAAAUCAACUGAAGAUUCCAUACUAUGUUAAAGACAACUUCCAUUCGGAAUAUCAGGGCUCCGUUGGUCGACUCGAGGCUUCCGUGGAGGAGGAAUAUCUAAACAAUUUGAAGCACUCGUGCUAUCGAGAGCGGAACUAUAAGGAAACCAUGCUGAUGAAAGCGCGUAACUUCGGGGAUCGAGAUUUGUACCUAAAAGCGCAGAACAUCAACACACCGUCGUGCGAUAAACUACACAGUUUGCACAACUAGUCAACUACAUUUCGUUUGUUGAGGUCCGUUACAGGCAGCACGGGGUACCGUUGCAAUAGUGUUUAGAAAGCCGGAAAAGUCAGAUGAAAAAUAAUACCAGUUUUUCACCCUUUAGUCUAAGUAAUAAGGCAAAGAACGAAUUUCUCGUCGAGCGUCAUAAAGUCGCUAUAUGGUAAACAAAUUUUCGGUACAUUAUUCAAUUGCAAUACUCCUUCUUCGUAGGGAACCGAAUGACAACUAAUUUCGGUAUGUUUUUAUCCUGUACAGUACAGUUAUUUGUUUUGUUUAUUGGUAACAGGUAGGAAAAAUUCCCUUAUUUAUAAUCCUAAAUUUCAGAAGUUUAAUAAAAAUAAUGAACCUCAGAAAUCUCAA